UAAUUAUUAUAAAUUGUGAGAUAUGAAAAAUAAAUAAAUACAUGGAAGUAAAAUUUUGUAAUUUUUAAGUAAAUGACGUCACAUCCGGGCGAGGCCAUUGUAACGAUCAAUAAAUACGAAACCUUGGUAGAAGGACUAGCGGUCAAAGAGAUGAGUUCGGAAAAUGGAUCGGUUAUCCUCAGGAAUCCUCACAUUGCCGAAAUGUCGGAAGACGUUUUAUAUCACCUGUCAUUAGGUUCUGGAAGUCAUGAUCUGCAGGAAAUGUUUGGUGACGUCAAGUUUGUCUGCAUGGGUGGAACACCUAGGAGAAUGGAGAGUUUCGCUCAUUACAUCAGAAACGAGCUGAAUAUUAAAUUACCGACGGGAGCCGAUUUAUACGAUAUUAGCAGAUACUCGUACAGAUAUUCCAUGUUUAAAAUUGGACCGGUUCUCACCAUAAGCCACGGAAUGGGGAUACCUUCGCUGUCCAUUCUGUUGCAUGAAGUUAUCAAAUUAUUAUAUCACGCCAAGUGCAAAGAUGUAAUCUUUAUUCGAAUUGGCACUUGUGGAGGAAUCGGCAUUCCGGGUGGAAGUUUGGUGAUAUCCGAAUCUGCCGUUGACGGAAUGCUUAGACCUUAUUUAGAAUUGCAUAUAUUGGGAAAACCAGUACAGAGACCAGCAGUUUUAGAUAAAGAGCUUGCUAAAGAACUGAAGAGUUUAAGUGAAGAACAUUUGCCUCAUUAUAAAUCAGUUAUUGGAAAAACUAUGUGCACGUAUGAUUUCUACGAGGGUCAAGGUCGUCUGGAUGGCGCUUUUUGUGAUUAUACAGAAAAUGACAAGCUUUCAUAUUUGAAGAAUAUUUAUGAAAAAGGAAUUUGCAACAUAGAAAUGGAAUCAUUAGCAUUUGCAGCUAUGUGCAACCAUGCUGGAAUUAGAGGUGCCGUGGUCUGCGUUACCCUUCUAGACAGACUGAAGGGCGACCAAGUCAGCACUCCCAAAGCCACUCUAGAAGAAUGGCAGCAUCGCCCGCAAGAACUGGUGGCCGUCUUCAUCAAAAAACAUCUGGGACUUCUUUAAGUAAACAAACACGCUUUAUCAGAAUAACAUAUACUCGUGCACUUACCGUACAGAAUUAAAAAUAGCAAUUCGCAAUCCAUCAACAGUUCGUCAAAAGCUUAAAAUCAAACUAGGAACAGAAACUUGCCAAAUAUUUUAUAAUAAUAUUAGAUGAUAAUUAAAUCUAGAUGAUUACAUUGUUUUUUUUUUCUGUGUUAAAAAAGAGAAUUUUAUAAUUAAUUGACAGAUUAAUUUUGUAUGUAAACAG